AUGAACAUUUUUUUGCACUUUGUCCUUGUUGGAUGGAUGCUUAUCAGUUCAGUCAACGGAGCAAGUGUGGCUUCUGCAUUACCUGGAAUAAACUGUUCUGUUGCUGACGGUUAUUCCGCAUUGACAUGUACCCUGCGUUUACAAGACUUCGGAUCAAAAAUCAGAGAGCUUGUCGACAACGAUGGGGAAUCAGAUGAGUUUAUAAAGUCGUGUGAUGCCAUCGAUACCUGUCUCAAUUCUCUUCGAAAUUGCAAAGAAUAUUCUGAAAAUUUGACAAUUCGAGCUGGUGAUAUGGUAAAGGCUUACUGCGAUGUGGUCAACUAUCUUUCACAUGAUUUCUCUUCGUGUGGGAGCAAAUUGGAAGCCAACAAGUCUGAAUGUUAUGAGAAGUGGGAGCCAUUUCUUGAUGGAAGCGAAUUAAAAGACAAGAAAAAGAUGGAAGAGUCUUGUGAGAAUUUCUUCGGGAAGGAUGAGUGUUUGAAGAAUGAGAUUAUUGAAAACUGCAGUCAGGACGAGUGGGAACAGCUUCGAGAUCACUUCAUCCAGCUGGACGAGAAUUUAAUGAAACAGUGCAACUUAAAGAAAAUGCUGGAAUUUAAAUCAUCCGAAUAUAAUGUUUAA